AUGAAUGACGAGGAUGACUAUGAGAAUGGCGCCAGCUCCGCCGAGGACGAGGAUGAGCAGGACGACGGCGAUGUCAUGGACGUAGACGAGGAAGACGAUGCAGAUGAUGCAGACGACGGCGACGGCGACGGCGACGAUGACGAUGCCGAAGGAGAUAAUGAUAAUGACGACGAAGACCAAGACCAGGACCAGGACCAAGAUCAAGAUCAAGAUCAAGACGAGCCGGACAGUCCUUCGCAACAUCCGCGCGGCAACAUUCCAAAUGGCGGAACACCUGGUAGAGGAGAUGGCAAUCCAGCCGUGACCUUUACAUCGCCGAGUCCACAUGCCGCAGCAGCAACGGGUGUUCUGGGCAACCUGCCCUUCCGCCCCAGCGUGCGACAGGAAGCCUUGAACACACCCAUGUACGACAUCAUUCCUACCAUUGCUGCGCCACACAGUACCUCGAUCAAUGCUAUUACUGCAACACCCGACAUGCGAUGGGUCUUCACUGGAGGCUCAGACGGUUAUAUCAGGAAAUUCAACUGGGUAGACACCGCCAACGGGAAGCUUGCUCUCACCGUAGCGCAGCGGCAUCCAUUUGUGGACUCUGUCACCAAAGCAGGUGUUCUGUUAUCUUACUGGGAAAACGAAGACAGCGCAGCCGGCGCUGAGAGUCUGUCGCCAGUCUACUCGCUCGCAGUCCAUCACCAGGCUCUUUGGCUGCUCUCGGGCCUGGACUCGGGAGGUAUCAACCUACAAUCAGUGCGGCAUCAAGAAGGAACCCGCAUCCAUACGUUGAGGAAUCAUACAUCGGCCGUGUCGGUCUUGACAUUAUCGCAGGAUGAGACGUCGGUGCUUAGUGGCAGCUGGGACAAGACCAUUAACGACUGGGACUUGAACACUGGUCAGGUCAAGAGGAGAUUCGAAACGAGUGGUGGUCAAAUAUCCGCCAUUGAGCAGCGGCCAAUAUCUACACUGCCCAUACCCCAAGACACUGAAACCCUCCCUCUGGCCAAUGGUACCUUUUCCUCAAAUAACGCCGCUCGCCCUCGAGCAAACGGAAGCACCCCCAAUGGCAUCGACACGAAGCCUGUAAUACCCAAGGAUGAAGGUAUCGAGGAUGCCCAGGGCUCUCCAGAUGACUCGCUGUUCGGAGAUAAGGAUCAGGACUCUCUGUUUGGUGACGGUGGCCAAGAGAACAACCUAUCAGCAACUCUGCCUUCAUUCGGGGACGAUGACGACGAGUUUUCAAGAGCCAUAGCAAACGGCAUACAGCAGGCAGAUGAAGAUGCCAAUGCCGAUUUAGACUUGGUGGAUAUGGGCGGCCCUGUUCAAGAACCCCAGGAGCCUACAGGCGAAGACGUAAAAGAGCCUAACACAGUGACUGAGGCAAUGCCAGAUGCAAAUGGCACAGCCGACUCACAGUCAAAUGGCGCAGCAAGCGGACUACCUCACGCAGAGGACAUUGAGCAACCCAUUAACACAUCAGCAAACCAGACUGUGCAGCCGGCAUCGUCCGAGACAACCUUUGUAGAUGCAUCCAUGGACGGCACACUGCGCAUCUGGGACAGGCGGCAGCCGAACCCCGUCGCGCGUAUCACGCCACCGCGCAACACACCCCCGUGGUGCAUGAAUGCCUGCUGGUCGCCCGAUGGCAACUUCAUCUACGCAUGCAGGAGAAACAGUACCGUGGACGAAUACAGCCUCCACAAGAGUCUGCGAGAGCCAAGGCGGACAUUCAGGUUCCCUAGCGUCAGUGGCCCUGUCAGCGCUGUCCGGGCUAUGCCUAAUGGGAAGCAUCUCGUGUGCGCCUCAUACGACAUUCUCCGUCUCUAUGACCUCACGCACGAAGACUCUGGUACCAAGACGGGUGCUGCUGCGACUCCCUUUUUCAUCGUGCCCGGUCAUCGCACAGGCCUCAUUUCCCAGCUCUAUCUCGACCCGGUUUGCAACUUUAUGAUUUCUACGGGCGGAAACAGGGGCUGGGAGGGUGCGUCGACGGAGGUCAUGCUGGGCUAUGAGAUUGGCAUCCCUUCGUAG